AUGGUCUUCUUUAACGGUUCGGUGAAAAUUAAGAUCUGCGAGGCGGUGGAUUUGAGGCCCACCGACUUCUCUUUACGUAUGCAGUUGGGCUCUGGGAAAGAUAAGGCCUCGCAGAUGAUAGAGCCGUAUGUGAAUAUAGAUGUAGACGAAGUUUAUGUAGCGAAAACAACAACCAAAGCUAAAAGCACCAAGCCGCAGUGGGUCUGGAACGAGGAUUUCACUUCAGAAGUUCACAACGGCCAGAACGUAAAUUUGACCGUGUUUCACGACGCCGCAAUUCCUCCUGACGAAUUUGUAGCCAAUUGUACAAUUCCAUUUGAUGAUGUUAAAGAAAAAUCAGACUUUUGGGUGGAUUUGGAACCAAAUGGAAAACUGCAUAUUGUUAUCGAGUUGUGCGGCUCGCAGACGGAAGAGUCAGCAACCCCGAAAGAGAAGGUAUUCAAGGAAAAAGAGGGGAUGCUUAAUCGACGGCGGGGAGCUAUGCGAAGGAGAGUGCACCAGGUCAAUGGUCACAAGUUCAUGGCCAUGGGCAUUGGCAAACAAGGUUACCAGUGUCAAGUGUGUACGUGUGUUGUACACAAACGUUGCCACCAACAUAUAGUCACCAAAUGUCCAGGAUCCAGGGAUGUGGCCAAUGAUGAGGUGACUGGCCCAAGAUUCAACAUCAAUGUUCCCCACAGGUUUAAUGUACAUAACUACCGACGACCGACAUUCUGUGAUCACUGUGGCUCUCUCCUGUAUGGACUGGUCAAGCAAGGGCUCCAGUGUGAUGUUUGCAAGAUGAAUAUUCAUAAGCGAUGCCAGAAAAAUGUGGCCAACAACUGCGGGACAAACACAAAGUACAUGGCUCAAAUCCUUCAAGAAAUGGGCAUCUCUGGAGGCCAGCUUCGACAAAAAUCAAAGAAGGAAAAGCUUCCGAUGGCUGAUUACCAGAACAAGAACACUACAAUGCAUGAAAGAUCUAUUUCAUCUCCGAUACCUAUGAUGCCAGGCGACGGACAAGACAGAGGUGGCUGUAUGGAUGAUCACUCGGGUGCUGGCUAUCAGCACAGGGGCUCCAUGACCCAUAGCCCGUUAAGCGACCGGAUGGGGUCACACAUGAGUCGCUUGAGCCUGCAUGACUUCACUUUUAUUAAAGUUCUAGGCAAGGGGAGUUUCGGCAAG